GAGGCAAAAUCCACGUCCUCACAGUUAACUCAGCCCGCUGACUGCAGCCCUCAUUUGGCAGGUGAUCUUUGACAGCUUUGUCGAUCGCUGUAUGUGGACGUUUCUAUUGAGGCAAAAUCCACGUCCUCACAGUUAACUCAGCCCGCUGACUGCAGCCCUCAUUUGGCAGGUGAUCUUUGACAGCUUUGUCGAUCGCUGUAUGUGGACGUUUCUAUUGACUGCGGUCGCUUUUCACACCGUUUAGGAAAGAAAAACCUGAAAUCCUAUGACAAGUUUCUCAUAUAGGAAUCAGAGGACUAGAAGCAGACAGAAGAACACCUAUGGCUCCAACAUUAUAUGAUGAGAAGCCGGAACCUGGAGAUCUAAUUGAGAUUGACCGUGGGAACUACCAGCAUUGGGCUGUGUACAUUGGAGAUGGCUUUGUGGUUCACUUGGCACCUCCCUCUGAAGGCCAGGGGGCGGGGUCUAGCAGCAUGAUGUCAGUGAUGCACGACAAGGCCAAGGUGAAGAAAGAGGAGCUCUGGGAUGUGGUGGGGACCGACAAGUGGUGCAUCAAAAAUAGCCUGGAUGAGAAGUGUGACCCCAGGCCCGUCCACCUGAUCCUGAAAGAGGCAAAGGAAAUGGUGGGAGCAGAACUUCCCUUCUGUGUCUUUAGGGGAAACUGCGAGCACUUUGCAACAGAGCUGAGAUACGGGAAGGCAGAGUCUCGCCAGGUGCGGACGGCCGUGCAGGUUGGUGUGGGGCUUGGGGUGGCUGCUGUGGUUGGAUUUGGCAUUGCUGCUUUGGCUUCAGCCAUCUUUAGUGGUGGGAAGAAGGAGAAGUCAAAUAAAUGACAAUGAUAUCAACGACAAAUGAUAAUGUGCUUUUUUUUUCUCAUCUGCAAGCCUCAGCACCCAUGUGGAGGGAGCAAGAUGUAACCAUAGAAUGCCCAGUUCUAAAACUGUUCUAUUAAGCAUUAUCCUUUUGAAGUGAACAAAAAUGCUUCUCACUGCACUACUCGUAUUACACUACUGCUGGCCAUCACUGUUUUACUCACGAUUAAUGCGUAAUACAUGGAGCACUUGAUUUUGUAUAUUAGCUGGCAGGGAUUGCAAUGUAAAUCUUUUGAUUGAAUGACUGAACAUGAUGGCACUAGAUUAACAUGAGUUGAUUUAACUGUUUUUAAUUUUCAAAUAAAUAUUGUACCAUGUGUCACUAGA